AUUCAGUCCUCCCCAUCCAUUCCCUCUGUCCGUCUGUCCCUCCGCUGUCCCUGCACCAUGGGGCCUGCCUCAGGUCCCAGCCUGCUGCUGCUGCUGCUGCUCACCUGCCCACCCCUGACCCUGGGGGAUCCCAUGUACUCCAUAAUCACCCCCAACAUACUGCGGCUGGACAGCGAGGAGACCCUGGUGCUGGAGGCCCACGAAGCGCAAGGCGAUGUUCCAGUCACUGUCAUUGUUCAAGACUUCACCAAGCAGCAUACGCUGGCCAAUGAGAAAACCACACUGACCAGUGCCACUGGCUACCUGGGCAACGUCACCGUCAAGAUCGAGGCCACCAAGGAGUUCAAGUCAGAAAAGGGGCGCAAAUUCGUGAUCAUCCGGGCGAGCUUCGGGCCCACCGUGGUGGAGAAGCCGGUGCUGGUCAGCCUGCAGAGCGGGUACCUGUUCAUCCAGACGGACAAGACCAUCUACACGCCCAGCUCCACGGUUCGCUAUCGGAUCUUCACCGUGGACCACAAGCUGCUGCCCGUGGGCCGGACGGUUAUGGUCAGCAUUGAGAACCCCGAAGGCAUUCCUGUCAAGCAGGAAUCUUUCUCUUCUCACAACCAUUUCGGCAUCUUGCCGUUGUCUUGGAACAUCCCGGAGCUGGUUAACAUGGGACCCUGGAAGAUCCGAGCCUACUAUGAAAAUUCACCAAAGCAGGUCUUCUCGGCUGAGUUUGAGGUGAAAGAGUACGUGCUGCCCAGUUUCGAGGUCAUAGUGGAGCCUGCAGAGAAAUUCUACUAUAUCUAUGACCAGAAUGGCCUGGGGGUCACCAUCAUAGCCAGGUUCUUAUAUGGGAAGAAUGUCGAUGGAGUUGCCUUUGUCAUCUUCGGGGUCCAGGAUGGGGACCAGAGGAUUUCCCUGGCUGAGUCCCUCACCCGCGUCGAGAUUGAGGACGGCACCGGGGAGGCCUUGCUGAAGCGGAAGGUGCUGCUGGACGGGGUGCAGCCCUCCGGGGCCGACUCCCUGGUGGGGAAGUCCCUGUACGUGUCAGUCACUGUCAUCCUGCACUCAGGCAGCGACAUGGUGCAGGCGGAACGCAGUGGGAUCCCCAUCGUGACCUCCCCCUACCAGAUCCACUUCACCAAGACAGCCAAGUACUUCAAACCAGCCAUGCCCUUUGACCUCAUGGUGUACGUGACCAACCCCGACGGCUCUCCCGCACGCCGCGUCCCCGUGGUGGUCCAGGGCCACGAGAACGUGGAGGCUCAGACCCAGGACGAUGGCGUGGCCAAGCUGACCAUCAACACGAAAGACACCCGGCAGCCCCUGAGCAUCACGGUGCGCACGAAGAAGGAGGGCAUCUCGGAGGCAGAGCAGGCCACCAACACCAUGCAGGCGCAGCCCUACAGCACCGUGGGCAACUCCAACAACUACCUGCACCUCUCGGUGCCGCGCGUCGAGCUGAAGCCCGGCGAGACCCUCAACAUCAACUUCCACCUGCGCGCCGACCCCGGCCUGGACGCCAGGAUCCGCUACUACACCUACCUGAUCAUGAACAAAGGGAAGUUGCUGAAGGUGGGGCGCCAGGUGCACGAGCCCGGCCAGGACCUGGUGGUCCUGCCUCUGACCGUCACUAAGGACUUCAUUCCUUCCUCGGGCACCAAUGGCCAGAGGGAGGUGGUGGCCGACUCCGUGUGGGUGGACGUCAAGGACUCCUGUGUGGGCACGCUGGUGGUGAAGAGUGGCGGGAAGGAUGACCGAAAGCCUGCACCUGGGCAGCAGAUAACCCUCAAAAUAGAGGGUGACCUGGGGGCCCGAGUGGGCCUGGUGGCCGUGGACAAGGGCGUGUUUGUGCUGAACAGCAAGAACAGGCUGACUCAGAGCAAGAUCUGGGACGUGGUGGAGAAGGCAGACAUCGGCUGCACCCCGGGCAGCGGGAAGGACUAUGCCGGCGUCUUCACCGAUGCAGGGCUGGCCUUCAAGACCAGCAAAGGCCAGGAGACCGCUCAGAGGGGAGAUCCUGAGUGCCCGAAGCCAGCCGCCCGCCGCCGUCGCUCCGUGCAGCUCAUGGAGAAGAGGAUGGACAAAGUGGGUCAGUACUCCAAGGAGCUGCGCAAGUGCUGUGAGGACGGCAUGCGGGAGAAUCCCAUGCGGUUCUCGUGCCAGCGCAGGGCCAGGUUCAUCACCCUGGAUGCGUCGUGCGUGAAGGCCUUCCUGGACUGCUGCAACUACAUCACCGAGCUCAGGCGGCAGCACGCGCGGCUCAGGCCGCUGGGCCUGGCCAGGAGCGACCUGGAUGAGGACAUCAUCCCAGAAGAACACAUCAUUUCCCGAAGCUACUUCCCGGAGAGCUGGCUGUGGACGAUGAUUCCAGAGGGGCUCAAGGACCAACCGAAAGAUGGCCUGGCCACGAAGCUCAUGAACGUGUUUUUGAAAGACUCCAUCACCACUUGGGAGAUUCUGGCUGUGAGCCUGUCGGACAAGAAAGGGAUCUGCGUGGCAGACCCCUACGAGGUCACGGUGAUGCAGGACUUCUUCAUCGACCUGCGGCUGCCCUACUCUGUUGUGCGCAACGAGCAGGUGGAAAUCCGGGCCAUCCUCUACAAUUACCGGGAGAAGGAAGAGCUCAAGGUGAGGGUGGAACUGCUCCACAAUCCAGCCUUCUGCAGCCUGGCCACCGCCAAGAAGCGCCACCAGCAGACUGUCACCAUCCAGCCCAAGUCCUCGCUGGCUAUACCUUAUGUCAUCGUGCCCCUGAAGGUCGGCCUUCAGGAGGUGGAAGUCAAGGCUGCCGUCUACAAUCGCUUCAUCAGCGACGGUGUCAGGAAGACCCUGAGGGUCGUGCCGGAAGGAAUUAGAAUCAACAAAACUGUGGCGGUUCGCACACUGGAUCCAGAACACCUGGGCCAAGGGGGCGUGCAAAGAGAGGACAUCCCUCCUGCAGACCUCAGUGACCAAGUCCCAGACACGGAAUCUGAGACCAGUAUUCUCCUGCAAGGGACUCCGGUGGCCCAGAUGGCAGAGGAUGCCAUCGAUGGCAAUCGGCUGAAGCAUCUCAUUGUGACCCCCUCGGGCUGCGGGGAGCAGAACAUGAUAGGCAUGACACCCACGGUCAUCGCCGUGCACUACCUGGACCACACAGAGCAGUGGGACAAGUUCGGCUUGGAGAAGCGGCAGGAGGCCUUGGAGCUCAUCAAAAAGGGGUACACCCAGCAGCUGACCUUUAAACAACCCAGCUCGGCCUACGCGGCCUUCCUGAACCGGACCCCCAGCACCUGGCUGACUGCCUACGUGGUCAAGGUCUUCUCUUUGGCCGUCAACCUCAUUGCCAUCGACUCCCAGGUCCUCUGUGGGGCCGUGAAGUGGCUGAUCUUGGAGAAACAGAAGCCCGAUGGCGUCUUCCAGGAGGAUGGGCCGGUGAUACACCAAGAAAUGAUCGGUGGCUUCCGGGAGAACACGGAGAAAGACAUGGCCCUCACCGCCUUUGUCCUCAUCGCGCUGCAGGAGGCUAAAGACAUCUGCGAGGGGCAAGUCAAUAGCCUGCCAGGUAGCAUCAACAAAGCAGGAGAAUUCCUCGCAGCCAACUACCUGAACCUAAGGAGACCGUACACUGUGGCCAUUGCUGCCUACGCCCUGGCCCAGAUGGACAAGUUGGACGGCCCCAUCCUCGACAAAUUCCUGAACACAGCCACAGAAAAGAACCGCUGGGAAGAGCCUGGGAAGCAGCUCUACAACGUGGAGGCGACAUCCUACGCCCUCUUGGCCCUGCUGCUGCUGAAAGACUUCGACACGGUGCCACCCGUUGUGCGCUGGCUCAACGAGCAGAGAUACUACGGCGGCGGCUACGGCUCCACCCAGGCCACCUUCAUGGUGUUCCAAGCCUUGGCCCAAUACCAAAAGGAUGUCCCUGACCACAAGGAUUUGAACCUGGAUGUGUCCAUCCACCUGCCCAGCCGUAGCUCCGAAAUCAGGCACCGCAUCCUCUGGGAAUCUUCUAGCCUCCUGCGGUCAGAAGAGACCAAGGAAAACGAGGGUUUCACAUUAACAGCUGAAGGGAAAGGCCAAGGCACUUUGUCGGUGGUGACAGUGUACCAUGCCAAGAUCAAAGGCCAAAUCACCUGUAAGAAGUUCAACCUCAAGGUCACCAUAAGGCCAGCCCCAGAAACAGAAAAGAAACCUCAGGAUGCCAAAAGCACUAUGAUCCUCGACAUCUGCACCAAGUACCUGGGAGACCACGACGCCACGAUGUCUAUCCUGGACAUAUCCAUGAUGACUGGCUACGCUCCUGACAUGGAUGACCUCAAGCUGCUGAGCACCGGCGUGGACAGAUACAUCGCUAAGUACGAGCUGAACAAAGCCUACUCGGAAAAGAACACCCUCAUCAUCUACCUGGACAAGGUCUCACACUCCGAGGACGACUGUCUGUCCUUCAAAGUUCACCAGUACUUUAAUGUGGAGCUUAUCCAGCCUGGGGCAGUCAAGGUCUACUCCUAUUACAACCUGGAGGAAAGUUGUACCCAGUUCUACCACCCGGAGAAGGAGGACGGAAAGCUGAGCAAACUCUGCCACAACGAACUGUGCCGCUGUGCUGAGGAGAACUGCUUCAUGCAAAAGUCGGAGGACAAGGUCACCCUGGAGGAGCGUCUGGAGAAGGCCUGUGAGCCAGGGGUGGACUACGUGUACAAGACCAGGCUGGUCAAGUCGGUGCUGUCGGAGGACUUUGACGAGUACCUCAUGGCCAUCGAGCAGGUCAUCAAGUCAGGUCAGCCCCUGCCAUUUACCUGCCUUCCUACCUGCACCUUCCCCUGUGUCCUCAGCAGCGUUCUGAACCUGCAGUCCUGCUCUGCCUUCUCACCUGCAUCCUCCCCUGUCCUCAUUUCCGCCCCUCCUCCAGGCUCACGCCACCAGCCCCACUUUCUAGAUGGGCCCCAGACAGGCUAG